UUUUCUCCCUAAAAAGCAAUUAUGCUUUUCAAGUACUAAAUUCUCUUGCUCUAUAAAGCCAAUAAAAAUUAUGGCAUUUUCCCCUUUCCUUAAUCUCUCUCUUUCUCUGUCUCUGAGUUUUGCCUCCUUAUUGGAAACAAAUUAAUAUUCAGUGAAGAAAACGGUGAAGUUUGAGAAAAAUAAGAAGCUAAUAUUUUGACUGGAAGUGUAAUAGAUGCCAGCCAUAAAAAAGGAGUGCUGUCUCCAGAACCUCUGCAUGUGGAUGUAGAUGUAGAUGCUUAAUUAUUAGUUCCACUUUGCGUGUGUGUGUGUUUUAAUUUAAGCCCCUUGACCAAGUAAUCAUUAAUUCAAUGUCAAGCUAAUUCACUCUGGCUAUUUAAUAUUACAAUAUAGUAUUGAUUUUAAAUAGUUUUAUUUUUGGAGGGAAGGAAACGAUUUAUGAGUAGCAAAAUAAAAUUUCUCAUAUAGUGACUUGUCUAGUCAAGAUUUUGAUUGCAAGGAAAAGAAACCAACUCGGACUAGCUUCUGUAAAAAAGGAGUGAAUAUAGUUACUGUAAAGAUACAGCAGUUCACAGAAAUAAAGUAUAUGGGCCUUGUUGGGUUGGUAAAACCCAAGAAUCGAGGCAACUGCUUUUUGGGGUCGUGUAAUCAUCCAUUUCUCUUUGUCUCUGUGUUUCCACUCUUUGCCUGCUUCUCCCUGUGUUUGCUCCUACUACAUCUGUUUGCACUUGACCCAAAAGGGCAACUUCAGCCCCCAAGUCCGCGUGACAUUUUGGUUCAAGCCCACCUUGAACUGAUUAGAGUCUCUGUUUUACUUCUGACCGUUCACAUUCCAAAGAAAGAACAUGCAUAUUUGCUGCCCAGUGAAGGAAUCAAGGGGCAGUGGAUCAGGUUUCAUAAGGGUAGUGGGUAGGGAAGGCGAGCUCUUUAGAAGGAGGUGUAGGCAGACGGAAAGCAUCAUGUUUGGUAUAGUGCUUAUUUCUUUAGGAGAAUCAUUGACUCAACAAAUAUUUCAUUGAGCUCUUAUGAUGCACUGGACACUCUUCUAGGCUCUGGGGAUACAGUAGGGACAAAACAAUCCAAAAGAUGCCAGUUCACCCCAUGAAGUUGACAUUCUAAUGAUAAUCUUUAAUUAUCUAUUUCAAAGAUAACUGAAAAAAAUGGAGUAACAGUCUCCAUACAGUAAAUACAAGAUGUUGAAGUAAUAAUACGUCUGUAUAUGUAAUAUCUAUAUUGCAAAUACAUAUAUAAUUUGUAAAUAUCAUAGUCAUGCUUGCUUUUAAUUAAUUCCGUUAACUGUCAAUGGUGUGUGAGAAUGCACGCGCAUGUGUGUGUGUGUUAGAAGCAGUAACUGAGGUCUUUGGAUUUUAAAUGGCAUCUGAUCUGUAGUCUUUAAUGCAGCCUCUUCUGACUUUCUAUUAAAAUAACUAUGAAAACACACUCCCCCAAAAUUACAAUUAUAAAAGCACUAAAAGCCAGGACUGACGAUUCAUUGCCAGAAUAUUAAAGAACCUAUAAAUUGGAUUGAAAAUAUGAAUAGUAGACGAUGCAUCCUAUUCCAUUCUAGGAGUAAACAUAAUUUCUUAGAUUUACCUAGAUGAGAAAAUAGAUACACUAUACACUGUUACUAUAGUAGAUAUAUAACUACCCUAAGUUUUUUAAAUGAAAUAUACAAGCAGAUUCAAAGAUGGAUCAAAAUUAAGGAGGUAGAAAAUCUGUGUGAUUGCAGAUACUCACAUAUUUGAGCUGGAGUAAAAUAAACACAUACUGUUAUCAAGAUGAUGAUAAGAGGUUUCAUUUUGCAAGUAGACACAGCUUUAAUGUUGAUAGUUGCCCCAGCUACAGUGUUCAUGUGGACAUGGAAAAAGAAUAAAUCAGUUAUUCAUUUCUAUUUUUAAGACUCGAGAUUGAUUUAGCUAAUUAUAUUAGUGGAAUGUUUGAACUCUUGAAUAUAUAUUUUGAAUUUGUUCAGCUUUGAGGUUAGAUUUCUCAAAUCUAUCACAGAGAUUCUAUCUGACAAAUGUUAGAAAAUUGGAUCUGAUAUUUCAAUACGUAGAUAUUAACUACAAAUGACUAUUCUUCCUUAGUAAAUACUAAAUAUAUUUUUCUCUUCAUUCAGGUUUUAAUUAUGCAUAUAAUACAUGGAAACAUUCUUAUUGAGAAUAUUAAUCAAUUCAGAAAUAUGUAAAGUAAAAUGUGAAAAUCUUUUGUUAAUCAGGCCCACUUUUACUUCCUUAUCUCAGUGGCACUUUGUCCAUAGUUUGGUGUAUAUCUUCCUGGUUCUUUUCCGCUCCAUUGGUAUAAAUGUAUAUUUAUAUACAUAUGCAUAUUUAAAUUGAUGAAUUCACAUUGAAGAUAUUAUUCUGCAAACCUGAGGGUGUUUUUCCCCUACCGGCCAAUGUUUCAGAUAUUUUUCCAAGUCAUUCUUAGGAAUCUAUAAUAUUCCAUAAACAUGGGUAUAUUUUGAAACUGGGCCUUAACUUAUUGCAUGAAAACUAUUUUGACUCCUUUGAGUUUCUGAAACAAAUAUGAUACAAAGCCUUUAGAAAAGUUUAAAGUAGAAAUGAAAUAUAAUUCCAUUUCAGAAGUGGCUUCCAACAUUACCUGAUUGGUUUUUAUUUUUUUCCAGUUCAAUUUAAGUAAAUUACAGACUAGGUGAAGAAUCUAUAUUUUACUACAUUUUCUAAUGAGCAAAUUUAAAGUAAAUAUGAACAACAUUUAAAGAGCUCUCUUCACAUUACAAAGUAUUUUUCUAUAAUUUACCUCAGUAAGUUAAAAAUUAUAAUCAUCUAUGAAUUAUGUUAUUAUUUCCUUGUUACAGAUAAGGAAAUUGAGUCUCACUGAGGUUUAGUGAGUUGUUCAAAAUUACACAAAAAGUAAAAGGCAGAACCUGAAAUUAAGGGCUCACAUCUUGAGACUCCAAGACAGAAUGCAAAUUGGACUUUUUCGUCUUUGAAAUUGCUGGGGCUUUUUCUCCACAUUCCAUUUUGAAUAAUAAAUACUAAGUGCUUUCUUUGUAUUGUAGCAUUGGGUAUUCUAGAACUUCUACUUCCAGAAAUAUUAUGGAAUUUUUGCAAGAUUUUAAGUAUCCCGAUUAUGAAAUCUGUUUGGUGAUAGGAGGAUUUUUUCCUGUAAGUGCAUUUAUUUAUCCCUUAAGUUGAGAAGAUUUAAGCUUAGACUAUAUGAUCCAAAACGACUUCUUAUAUUACUUAAAUCAUGAAGAUUUUCAACAAAAUAUCUGUUGGCUGUGAUCAAAAUAGGUGUUUAAUGAAUUUCUUUUUUCGCUUUUCAAUUGGUGGUUGUAUCCUUGGUUAUAAGAAUAUGUAGAAACAUCAAACGCACUACCAGCUUGCUGAAACAUGACACAGUUCCCUGACUCUUAGCGAUUGAAACCAUGGCUGCAUGAAGAGCUCCUCUUAUUUCAGUUUUAAAUGUGCUGAACAGCAUGCCUUCAGACUUUGCUAGAACUUGCCGUAAGUGGGAAGUCAUCACUAUCAACAUGGUCAUUACUUAACAUUUACUGAGUGCCAACAACAUUUUUGGUGUUAGAAAUACACAGAGGAAGAUGCUGUUCCUUUCUAGAAGGCUUGGUUUUUUUGUAAGUGUAGGAGAGAAGAUUUGGUCUCGAAUGUUCUUUUCCUACUGAGAGGUAGGGGUAAGGAAUAUGCAGUCAUCUUGGGUCUCAUUCUACAUAUUGAAAUGCCAUUCUCAUCUGUUUAUUAAUUGAUGAUAUAUAUGUAUAUAAUACAUAGAACGGAACUAUGUAUAUUUAUACAUACGUACUCAUGCAUAUGUAAAAAGUGCACAGAAAUUUCUUUUUUUAUUGGAAAUUUUUUUUUUUAAAAUCUCACCUUUUUGGCUUUAGGCCAAAAGUAAUAUUCCCCAAGACAUCUAAGUGACUGUAGUUUGUAUUUCUUAAGAUAUAACAUACUUAUACUACUAAUAUAGAGACUGUGCUAAAAAAAUAAAGCAUGCACAGGUAUUUGUAUAUGUAAAUAUUUUUAUACAAAACCAAUAUGUAGAAUAGAGGAAGCAAAUGUUAUCCAGCCUCAUGAAAGAAUGGGACACUUUCCUAAAAUAUCUGAGCUGAUAAUUAAUGUUCAUAAAAGAUUAAUAGAUCACCUUUUAGAUCCUUGACAUUUCAUAUCUAAAUCUAGAGUAGUUUUAAUUUUAUUUUAUCGAAGUUAUUUAAGAGGCAAUCAUUGAUAUGAGCUAUUGGUUUAGCAGAAUGUGAUGGUUACAGAAAGGUAUACCUUAACACUUAAAAUUAAAGUUAGAUUCUGAAAGUGAAACUCUGGGAAGAUCAAUGAGGUAAGUCAUUACACCCUCCAUAUCAGAUAAGUGGCUAUAGAGUUUAGGAAACACCCAAGUUCAGAGACUAGGGUGUGUCUAUAUUAUGCUAUGUUUGUAUUAACAUAAAAGUAUAACUUACCCUUUGUAAGAUACUCAUUGAGAAGGAAGCAUGUAAACUGAAGGGGUUUAAAGAGAAUGGAGACUUGAAACUGACAAUACAGAGAGAAGAAUUUGCCUAGAAAGUAUUAAUUUUGUAUUCCUACUGUUACGUUUUUGUAAAUAUUUUUUUAAGAACUAGACUCUCUUUUUCAAACCUAACCUUGAAAUAAAACAGGUAAAAGCAGAGGCUCUGGUGAAACUGCCCAAGGUACCUGGCCUCCCUUUGCCCUGCAGUUGGCCUGAGACAACUUUGCAAACCACAGGGUUCCCAGGAACUCAGUUUGAAAACCAUCACCCUUGCAAGCAUAACCCCCUAGUCAUGGCAGCAAAGGACUUUAAUUUUAGAAAGAGGUCAUGAGGACACUGGCUAGUUAGUCAUUCUGCUCUGAUUCUGAGGGCACUAAACAAUCUUUCAUGAAAAUGUUGAUUAGAGUAUUCUGGUUUGCUCUGCGUUUGUAGUUGACAUUUUAUCAAUAAAUUAACAUUCUGUUUUUUAGUUUUUCUUCCAUCAGUCUCAUAUGAGGAUGGCUAAUGCAAGUCUAUCCUUGAAAGACCAGUUACUCUUCUGCUUGCUAUGGGAUUAGAUUUUAAAAUAGAAACAAAACCCAGCUUUUGUGCCAGGAGAGCUGAGGCUGCAAACGUGGCGGCAGGGACCUUGCCGAGUCUGUGCCCAUCCAUAGUGCCUGCUAACAAUUAGCACUCCGGUAUUGAUUGAAAUGUUGGGGCUGGACUCAGCCAUAAAAGUGAUUUUUUAUAUUUACUCUUGAUACUUCUUAGAAGUUCCAUGACAGGGUGAUUACCUUUUAGUAGAAUAAAACAGCUUUGUAUUACCCUGCUCUGUCAACUUUAUUCAUCUUUGAGAACUUAUUUUUAAAUUACAGACCUAUUAGUUCUGCACAAAUGUUGUUUCUUGAAGACCACACAUUUGUAAAAUCCUAAGUCUUGCUAAGUACGAGUUCGUAAAAUAGUGGUCAUAACUCUGAACACCCUGUUUCAUAUAUACAUGGAAUAAAAAUGCUGGAAAUAAGCUAUUUGUGUUCUCUAAGAAGGCCAUUCUUUUAUAUAUGUUGCCCUGAGUUUUCAAAACACUCAAUUUAGGCUUGUUUAUUAAUAUGUAGUCUUGGUUCCCUGAACUGUGAAAUAAAUUACGUUUUUUCCUUUGUUAUCCCUCAAGCAGAAAUUUGGCUUUUCUACCAUUAUCAUAGCUUCUUAGUUGUGUGUCCUUUCAUUCUAAUUUGUCAUACCUUAUUCUAGACAGUGGCAUAUAUAAAAAUAGAAAUAAAAAGCCACGAGAAGUUCACUUUAAAAAUAUUCAGUUGAAAUCUCCUUUUGGUUUAAAUGUAUUUUAAUUUUAUGUCUCCUUUAGUACUCUGAUGACUACAUCAUUUGUGUUUUUUAUUUAUAAAGUGCUUUGUUUAUAUCAUUGCCCACAAAUGGAACAGAGCUCAGAAGUAUUGAACGUUGAACUGUGUGGUAACUGAAAAAGAUUCAGAGAUAUUUUUGGUAUCAUAUCACCCCUGGGUAUCACUUCAGCAUGUGAACAGACUAGAGUAGAAUGGACUAAAAGAAUUAAGAAAUUUCAAAUAAAUGAUACAAGGAAAAAUAAAUUUCUACAUCACUGUUUUGAUCCUCGUAUUUGCUACUUCCCAUGGAGACCUACUCUUUUACAUAGUGUAGGGACCAAUAUUGGUUUUGAAAAAAGUUCAUGUUCAUCAUCAUAUAAUCAUCAUCUUCAAAGAACAUUACCCUGCCAAAUAAUCUGAAUUCUCUUACAGAUCUACUGCUAACAUGAUGUGCGAUGAUGAACAAAUAUUAUCCUUUUGGAGAUUCAUCUCCAAAAUUGGCAUAAUAAAUGUCAUACGCUCCUCAUGAUUCUGUGAGGCUAAAAUAAUACCUUUAAAAAUAAUUUUUUUAGAAAGCAUAACACUAAUGCAAGAUGGUAUCAUUCUUAUUUUAGAGGCGCUAUAAUAUAGUGGUAAUGCACGCAGGCUCUGGAGCUAAUUCAAAGCGUGACUUGCUUCAAAGCGUGACUCUUACUCGAUGUUUGAUCUUGGGCAAACUGCUCAACAUCAGAGUGCCUCAGUUUCCUCAUCUGUGGAACAGAGCUAGUAACAGUCCUUAUCUAAUAGUGUUGCUGUGAGGAUUAAAUGAGAUAAUAACACAAAGCACUUAACACAUGGCCCGGGACAUUGUAAGUGUUCCUUGCUCUUAAAUAAUAAUAUUUAAAUAUCUCAUAUAAUAUCAAAUUUUGAAUUACUCUGUGAUGCUUGAUUCAAAGCUUGUUAAAAACAAUUUAGACUGGAGUUUUCUGGUUCAGAUUACAAAUGACCUUAUGGAAGACACCACAGAUGACCUUAUUCCCUUUAGAAAAAGGAAGUCAUGAGGACACUGCCUAGGCCUCAGGAAAUCCCAGAAUUCUUAAGUUCCUUUUAAGUUUUUAACCAUCUUUCUGAACCUACAAGUUCAAGUCGCAUUUAAAGGAACCACUCAGUUCUUCCUGCUCCCAGAAAUACUUCUAUUAGGAUCAUCAUUUGAUCAAAAUGAAAACUCACCAAAUCAUGGCAGUUUUCAUGAUUAAAUUUCUUUAUGUCUGGUUUUGAAUUUGUGGGAAAUGCACCCCCUCCCAUCUUUUCUGCUAUGACAGGGCCUCACUAGGGAAAUCCUAACUGAAGUGAAUAGCAUGAUAUAUUAAAUGUUGCCAGUAUUCCAUUUAAUAUUAAGCAAUUGCAUAACAGCCUUUUUAAAUACCUAAGUUAAAAGUGAUACAUUAAUAUUGAGUACACUGCCACUGUAAAGUUCAUUCUCCUACUGAUUUCCAACAAACACCAUUUAAGUGCCAACCUACUAUUACAGGAGUUUACUAUUUUAUUCUUGCUCCAAAAUGGCAUCAACAGAGAUGGGGUGCUUUCAGGGGAUUGUGGAACAGAAUUUUUUGCAACAAAGGGGUAUGCUUGAGGAAAUACAAAAUAUCCACCGUGGGCAUGGCCGUGCUUGAUCCGGCACUCCUCAGAUCUCCACACCCCCUCAUCAAACAAGCAGCUUUAUGGCAUGCGCAGUUGCACAUGGGUAUCACCGACUUCCGCAGAACUGCCUUCCACGGGAUUUCCUGUGCAAAAAUUACCGUCUGGUCAUCUGUAACUGAAUGGUUACAAAUCAAGUUAGUCAGACAUCCCCACCCCGAUAUUAUUGUUUUCUUAAAAACACAGGAGUCGAAGUGACCAACCCUGUCGUUCGCAAAUUCUCUCUGGACUUCUUUUAUUCUCUUUCUUUUCAUUGGGUAAGAAGGAAAAUACAACACCUCCCCAACCCCCCACCCCCGUCCUGUCUAUUUGUUCAGGAUGUCAUUGCCCUGGGAGGUUAUUUGCAGGUUUCUUACUGCUUAGCUUGUCUUGCUUGGUAAUUACUUACUGAGAGAAAUCUGCUCUUUUAGGGCGAGCUGUUCCUUUAACCCCUUUGGCUCUCUCUUCCUUGGAGGCGAGCAAGCCCGUGCUGCAGUGUCUGGGAACCCACCUAGAGGGCCCCCUUGACGCCAGCACAUCGCUGUCAGGCAGCAGUCUCCGCAGCCGAGCGGGCUGCUGCAGAGUUAAUGUACAGUACCACGGAGCCUGCAAGUGUCCUGAGCUGCUCAGAGCCGCCGGGCGGCACAACCCGGGCAGACAAGGCGGCUGCGGCGAUUCCAAAGCUUCUGCUGGAAAUUCGGCGCUGGGGGACCCCAGCAGGAGCCUGUUGCCAUUGUGUUUUAAAAGCAUGCAAGGUCUGUAUAGCUUGGGCAUGAGAAUCUUUCAGAAGAUGUCAGAGCAUCAGAGUAAAUGACACCUAUUGGGGGAAUUGAAUUUGGUUAAAAAGAGAGAGAGAGAGAGAAAAGAAAGACAGCCUGGAGAAGAAAUUCUUAGACAACGUCUGACUUGCAGCUGUGAAAUUCAUUUUCUUUCCAAGGCAAAAUAUGAAAAGCCCGCACAUGGUGUUGAUAACAACAAAUUAAAGGGGUUUCUGCAGUGGAAGGAUCAAUAGCUUAGUCAUUUUACUUAAAGAGAGCAGACAGCCUUAUUAUGGGGUUAGGCAGCAGAAAUGAAUUUCCUCAUGACAGAACCUUCUGAAGUCAUGACGGUAGCUCAUGGUAAUCCCGUCCUGCAGAGCAGAAAUUGCUCGUUGCCUUCCUACUUUGGCAGUUGAAAACCAGCAGUUCUGAGACUGGGGAAAGAAGUUGGCUUUGGUCAUACGUGGUUUCGAGCCCCUCUGCCCAGGUCUUUGUCCGAGUCGUCACAGAAGGCAGCACUGCGUUAAAGUGACCACACAUGAAUAUGUGCCUAAGAAAGAAGAAAAAGCAAUAUUCAUUUCUAAAGGACAGCAUGGCAAAGCAGCCUGAAGUUUUCCAUUUCCCUUCUAACACUUCUUUAACAAGGAUAACAAGAAACUGUCUUUUGACUCCUUUCUUCCCACAUUCCAGAGUCCUUCUUGCGAGGAUGCAUUAAUCUACACUCUAGGCGGCUGGAUUUUACCAGAACAAUAUUUGCCACCACUUAGGAUUAGCGAUUGAACUGGUUAUUUUAGUGUGUUGACUAACUAGUGGAACCUAGAUGGAUGGACUCCUACCUGCCGUGCUCUGCGAUGUUUCUUUCUUCAAAUCCUGGAAGGGCUUUCAUGGUUGCUAUUUGUUUUUGGGGGGGGAUUUUUUUGGAAUUCAAUACUUGUUGCAAUAAUUGCCCAUGAUAGCUGCUCAAACAGGAGAGUUGGAAUUCAUCUCUGAAAAUCACUACAUGUAACGUAUGAGACAAGGAAAAUAUUAAUGACAGAAGAUCUGCAAAUAUGAUGCACGUGAAUAAUUUCCCCUUUAGAAGGCAUUCCUGGAUAUGUUUUGAUGUGGACAAUGGCACAUCUUCGGGACGGAGUCCCUUGGAUCCCAUGACCAGCCCAGGAUCCGGGCUAAUUCUCCAAGCAAACUUUGUCCACAGUCAACGUCGGGAGUCCUUCCUGUAUCGAUCCGACAGCGAUUAUGACCUCUCUCCAAAGUCUAUGUCUCGGAACUCCUCCAUUGCCAGUGAUAUACACGGAGAUGACUUGAUUGUGACUCCAUUUGCUCAGGUCUUAGCGAGCCUGCGAACUGUACGAAACAACUUUGCUGCGUUAACUAAUUUGCAAGAUCGAGCACCUAGCAAAAGAUCACCCAUGUGCAACCAACCAUCCAUCAACAAAGCCACCAUAACAGAGGAGGCCUAUCAGAAACUGGCCAGCGAGACCCUGGAGGAGCUGGACUGGUGUCUGGACCAGCUAGAGACCCUGCAGACCAGGCACUCCGUCAGUGAGAUGGCCUCCAACAAGUUUAAAAGGAUGCUUAAUCGGGAGCUCACCCAUCUCUCUGAAAUGAGUCGGUCUGGAAAUCAAGUGUCAGAGUAUAUAUCAAACACAUUCUUAGAUAAGCAACAUGAAGUGGAAAUUCCUUCUCCAACUCAGAAGGAAAAGGAGAAAAAGAAAAGGCCGAUGUCUCAGAUCAGUGGGGUCAAGAAGUUGAUGCACAGCUCCAGUUUGACUAAUUCCAGCAUCCCAAGGUUUGGGGUUAAAACUGAACAAGAAGACGUCCUUGCCAAGGAACUAGAAGAUGUGAACAAAUGGGGUCUUCAUGUUUUCAGAAUAGCAGAGUUGUCUGGUAACCGGCCUUUGACUGUUAUCAUGCACACCAUUUUUCAGGAACGGGAUUUAUUAAAAACAUUUAAAAUUCCAGUAGACACUUUAAUCACAUACCUUAUGACCCUGGAAGACCAUUACCACGCUGAUGUGGCCUACCACAACAAUAUUCAUGCUGCAGAUGUUGUCCAGUCGACGCAUGUGCUGUUAUCUACACCUGCUUUGGAGGCUGUGUUUACAGAUUUGGAGAUUCUUGCAGCAAUUUUUGCUAGUGCAAUACAUGAUGUAGAUCAUCCUGGUGUGUCAAAUCAGUUUCUGAUCAAUACAAACUCUGAACUUGCCUUGAUGUACAAUGAUUCUUCUGUCUUGGAGAACCAUCAUUUGGCUGUGGGCUUUAAGUUGCUUCAGGAAGAAAACUGUGACAUUUUCCAGAAUUUGACGAAAAAGCAAAGACAAUCAUUAAGGAAAAUGGUCAUUGACAUCGUACUUGCAACAGACAUGUCAAAACACAUGAACCUCCUGGCUGAUUUGAAAACAAUGGUUGAAACAAAGAAGGUGACAAGUUCUGGAGUUCUUCUUCUUGAUAAUUAUUCUGAUAGGAUUCAGGUCCUUCAGAAUAUGGUGCAUUGUGCAGACCUGAGCAACCCGACAAAGCCCCUGCAGCUGUACCGCCAGUGGACGGACCGCAUCAUGGAGGAGUUCUUCCGCCAAGGAGACCGGGAGAGGGAGCGGGGCAUGGAGAUAAGUCCCAUGUGUGACAAGCACAACGCGUCUGUGGAAAAAUCACAGGUUGGCUUCAUAGACUAUAUUGUUCAUCCUCUCUGGGAGACGUGGGCAGACCUCGUCCAUCCUGAUGCCCAGGACAUUUUGGACACUUUGGAGGACAAUCGUGAAUGGUACCAGAGCACAAUUCCUCAGAGCCCCUCCCCAGCGCCUGAUGACCAGGAGGAGGGCCGGCAGGGUCAGACCGAGAAGUUCCAGUUUGAACUAACUUUAGAGGAAGAUGGCGAGUCCGACACCGAAAAGGACAGCGGAAGUCAAGUGGAAGAAGACACUAGCUGCAGUGACUCCAAGACUCUCUGCACCCAGGACUCGGAGUCCACUGAGAUCCCCCUGGACGAACAGGUGGAGGAGGAAGCCGUCGGGGAAGAGGAGGAGAGCCAGCCUGAAGCCUGCGCAGCAGAGGACCGUUCUCCCGACACGUAACAGUGCAGAGACUUUCAUGCCUUUUUUUUUUUUUAAGUAGAAAAAUUGUUUCCAAAGUGCAUGUCACAUGCCACAGCCAUGGUCACACCUCACUGUCAUCUGCCAGGACGUUUGUUGAACAAAACUGACCUUGACUACUCAGUCUGGCGCUCAGGAAUAUUGUAACUAGUUUUUUCACCUCCAUGUCAUCGGAGCGAGGGGGACAUCUUCCCGAAUAGCAUCGUUAACAAGAUUUCAGCUUGGUAGAGCUGACGAAGCAGAGAAAAUUAACUCCACAAUGUUUUCAAGGGAGUGUGGCUCAGCCGGCAGCCCAAAAGUUGAUAACGAUUUGGGGUUUCUUUUCUUUUUAUUUGUUUGCAAUAUUUUCAGCAGAAAGAAGGCAUUACACAGAGUGAACUAAUGGGUGAAGCAACAAAUGGGUCAGGAACAGGACACAGCGCGAAUCUGUUACCAGGAGGAAGAUGAGCCGCAGAAAUCGCAUAAUUUUCUAAUUUCAAGUCUUCCUGAUACAUGACUGAAUAGUGUGGUUCACUGAGCUGCACUCACCUCUACAUUUUGUAUGAUAUGUAAAACAGAUUUUUUGUAGAGCUUACUUUUAUUAUUAAAUGUAUUGAGGUAUUAUAUUUAAAAAACUAUGUUCAGAACUUCAUCUGCCACUGGUUAUUUUUUUCUAAGGAGUAACUUGCAAGUUUUCAGUACAAAUCUGUGCUACACUGGAUAAAUCUAAUUUACGAAUUUUACUUGCACCUUAUAGUUCAUAGCAAUUAACUGAUUUGUAGUGACUCAUUGUUUUAUAUACGAAUGACUUCCAUAUUUUAAAACAAAAACCAACUUUAUGUUGCAGGAAACCCUUUUUGUAGGUCUUCGUUGACUUUGCUCUUUGUUUUAAUCUUUUCAGAUAAGCAGAGUUGCUCUCCACUGACAUUUCUCUUCACGGUGUGCAAAGUGAAUAUUCGUUCAGUAAUACUCUGAUGUGCGUUCUGUCUAACGUGUCUUAAGCCUCAUGGACACUCACUCAUCAGUUGGUGUUGUCUGAAGCAAGUGAGAGAUAUAUAAACACCCAGUAGCUAAAAUGGGCAGUCUUUUUUAGAUAUUUUCCUACUUAGUGUCUUCUGAUAACCUUUUGCUGUGUCAAUAGACCGUCAUUUCACAGGUGCAUGUCCUUGUAAUAACCUGCACAUUUCAUGCUCAUGUGUAUUGUUUUCAAAGUCAGUUAGAGUAAGAAAAACUUUCUUCCCUUGUGCUGCUUUAUUAUUUAGCGUGUGUUUGAACCUCUCCACGUUCACUAGAUGGGGUCUGUCAAAUAUAUCACCACCCUUCUGACUGAUGAAAAGAAACAGGUAGUCCAGUUAGAGUUAGCAUUCAUUUCUGCCAUGAGGUCAUCUGUAAUGACCAGCUGUUACUCUUGAUUUGCAGAGAAAAGUUAACAGCUAGCUAGGCAAUUUUUAACAACAUUGGCAGAAUAUAUUAACAAACACCAGUACAACUAAUGCUCUUUUGUUUCUAUGGUUUCACCAAGGGAUUAAGGAAGAAAAUUCUUGAGAAGUGAUUUUAACUGUCGCAGCUACUCUUUCUUAAUGGACAGCCACGUAACCUGUAGCAAUUGCUUCAUCAGUUAUCAUUGAUCCAUAAGCACGUCUUGUAGAGGAGAACUUCUUUAAAUACAUUAAGGGAAAGGAGCUGAUGAUGCCACUGCCACAGAUAUUUGGUCAUAUAAUGCCAUCUUAAAAUACUGGGUUGAGUAAGAAGAUUCUGCCUAAAUAAAAAAUUAGAGAUCACUCAGCUGAAUUUAGCAGCAAGAACUGUGUUACAAUUUUAGAGAUUAAUUCCCCGUAUUUACCGUCAGUUGGCAUCUUGGGACAUUUAUUUAGUUUGGACUUUCUUCCCAUUUCAGCUCUUAAUGAAGUGUUUACUUUCUCUGUAGAGAGUUGGAAGCCCAAAUAAUCAUUUUUCACUUUGAUAUCCAAGAAUUGAAAUAGAGACAAAGGGGGUAUCUGACCAAAUGGAAAGUAAAUGAAACAGUUCAGAGAAGUUUUAACCCAGAAAGAUAUAUUUGGGAUGUCUCAAGGAGGCUUCUGGGGACUAAUAACUAAGUCCUCAGCAGGGAAAUGACCUAAGCUGAAGAUAGUCCCUGUUUUAAUCCCCUGAGAUCCAGUGAUACCUAGAAUCUUUGAUAGAAAAAUUAUGUAGCUCUGAUCUUUCAUACAGAGCAGAAUAGGAAUCAACUAAUUGUCAGAUUUCCACCCUCCUCCCCCGGUAAAAAUCAGUAAUCUUUCAAAUAAUGUCCUAUGUUUGGUCAAGUGAUUUCACAAGAACACAGAAGUUUGACAGAAACUUGUUUCUGUUUUAAUUUUAUUUGUCCCUGAUGGAGGUCUGGAAGAAAAGGCAGAGAAUCUAGGGUUUAUUCCUUUUUCCAGAAUAUUCUCAUUCUCUCCCCUCCCUAACGCUUGGUAUUUCCCCCACAGAGUGCCUAGAAUCUUAAUAAUGAAAACAAAAAUUAAAACAGCAAUAUGUUACAAACAAAUCCAUACCUGAAAAGGUUUAUAACUGCACUGAAAAAGAGAGGCUUUUUUUCUUUUCAUUUUGUUGGUUUUUAAUGGUCACGUGUUGUGAAAAUACCCACUGAUGGGCAAUCAAGUUGUAAAAAAGGCAUAUCUUAUGCAAGAGACGGGGACUAAUGCAUUGUACAAUCUGCCUACACUCUCCCUUCUUUCUCUCUCCCUCCUCCUCUCUCGCCCAAGUGUGCUUCAGAAUUAUACACUGCUUUAAAAAGAACUUCCUUUUACAAGUGGCUUUACAUUUCCUAAAAUGCCAUAAGAAAAUGCAAUAUCUGGGUACUGUAUGGGGAAAAAAAAGUCCAAGUUUGCGUAAAACCAGUACAUUUCAGCUUGCAAGUUACUGAACACAAUAAUGCUGUUUUAAUUUUACUUUCUUUUUCAUCACUUAAAAUUCACAAGAAAAAUGUAGAUAGAACAAAUUGCAGACAAGGGAAAAAAAACUUGAAUGAAGUGGAUUUUACAGAAAGCUUUAUGAUAAUUUUUGAAUGCAUUAUUUAUUUUUCGUGCCAUGCAUUUUUUUCUCACCAAAUGACCUUACCUGUAAUACAGUCUUGUUUGUCUGUUUACAACCAUGUAUUUAUUGUAAUGUACAUACUGUAAUGUUAAUUGUAAAUUAUCAGUUCUUAUGAAAACAUCAUCCCCCCGUGGGAUGGUGUUGAUAUAUUUGGAAACUCUUGGUGAGAGAAUGAAUGGUGUGUAUACAUAAUCCUGUACAUUUUCUUUUCUCCUGUAAUAUAGUCUUGUCACCUUAGAGCUUGUUUAUGGAAGAUUCAAGAAAACUAUUAAAUACAUAAAGAAAUAUAAAUUUAAAAAAACAUAGCUGCAGGUCUUUGGUCCCAGGGCUGUGCCUUAACUUUAACCAAUAUUUUCUUCCGUUUUGCUGCAUUUGAAAGUAAGGUAAUGGCGGGGCUAGGGCUGGGCGUUUUACAUCCAAGCUCUGAAUCAAUUGGGUUUCCAGCAGUGGCUGGAUUUUAGAAAACCACAGGCACCCUCUGGACGAUUCUGAGAGCUUUUUGAAAUCCAAGGUCCUAAGUAUUUCUUGACACGAAGCAGGCUUGUGUACAUGAUGAUGUUCUCCCUAUCUGUUGAUCAGGAGCUACUUCAGUUAGUUGCAUUUGAUUAUUUUCUACUUUGAAACACUCCUGAGGAAAUAUAUUCUUGUCCAGUGAUUAUAAAAGUUGUUUUGGCUUCUAGAGCACACAGGCAAAUGAACUUGAUUUGAAACUGGAGCCAUAGGUUAGUUACUAAUUCAUCAGCGUGUUGGUUAGUCACUCAUUCAUCAGCGUUCUGUCAUGUUAAGAGAAUAUAUAAUAUGGAAAGGGUCAUUUUUAACCCUGGAGGAGUUCUUUAAGAUAACCAAAUUUUCUUAUGUGUGUCAAUCCAUGUAUUUUAAGCACACAGUUUUAAGGAUUCACCAUUCUCUAGAAUUUGUUUCUGCAAGGCUUAUAUUGCUUUAGAAUUUUAGAAUUUAACCUUGCACGAUGGCCAGCUCCAGAAAACUGAAAAAUCCCCAGUGGAUGAUGUGGAAAUCUGCCACUGCUGCCCAGCCCUCGGAACACGUGGCUUAGUGGAAAGAGAGAUUCUUUUUCUAGGAAAAAUGAGCCUCCUAUUAUUUUAUUUUAUUUUUUUGACACAAACUGUAGAUUUUAGCAGCCCUGGCCCAAAGGAAUUUGAUUACUUUUGUUUUAAACAGUACAAAGGAGACACUAAAAUUACAAAAAAAUCCUUACUGAUUUUAGUUGUUUUUAAUUUUAUUUCUUUGGAUAUGUUUUCAGAGUGGUAAAUUGUGUGUGAACAUUACAAAUGAUGAUUCUUUUAGUGGUUUCUUAGCCUCUCUUACAGCCCAUGGGGAUAGUACUGUACAUCAAUACCUUCAUAUGAAAUUUUUAUAUGCAAUGGAAAUAAAAGCAUGGGUUGAUUCUGCCUA